AUGGGUCACGCGGUCCCUGAUCUAGACUCGAUUGGCAUCAAAGCCGAUCAUGAGCUAGCUGAUCAAUUUCGCCGCGAAGUCGCCAACCUCCUCGGGCGCAACAAUCUGAACUUUCCAGGUGCACAACCAGUCAGCUUCUCGGCGCGACAUCUGACCGAAUUGCAACAAGAGGACUACUUUGUCUGUGAAAAGACAGAUGGCAUCCGCUGCUUGAUGUACUUUGCGCGCGGAGAUCCCGAUUCCGACAUGCCGGAGAUCCAUUACCUGAUCGAUCGCAAGAACGAUUACCGUUAUGUACCUGGUUUACACUUCCCUCUGCCGAACGAUGAUACCUUCCAGAGUUUCCACGUCGACACCUUGGUUGACGGCGAGCUUGUCAAUGAUACAUACGAAGAUGGAACCACGCAGCUGAAGUAUCUGGUCUUCGACUGUCUUGUUCUGGAUGGACAGAGCUUAAUGCAUCGUACCCUGGACAAACGGCUAGCCUACUUCAAGGAAAAGGUACUCAGGCCGUACAAUGCCAUGUACCGUAAAUUCCCGGACGAGAAAAAUCACCGUGCUUUUGCCGUUGAGGACAAAUCCACACAGUUCAGUUACGGUAUCGAGAUGAUGUUCCGUGAAAUUAUUCCCAAGGUCAAGCGCAUCCAUGGUAAUGACGGUCUCAUCUUUACUUGCCGCAGCACUCCGUACCGCAUCGGCACCGAUGAACACAUUCUGAAGUGGAAGCCACCCCAAGAGAACACGGUUGACUUCCGUAUGCGUCUCGAGUUUCCAACGCUUGAGCCAGAUACCGAGGAUGAGGGUGAUGGUAUCACCCAGCCAUAUGUGGACUACGACGCUAUCCCAAUCUGCCACCUGUUUGUCAUGCUGAGUGCUGGCGAGUAUCGUCUUUUCGGGGAGAUGUUUUUGGAGCCGAAGGAGUGGGAAGAUCUCAAGGCUAUGCAGAUUCCGCUCGACGAUACUAUUGUCGAAUGUGCUAAAGACGAGGAAGGACGCUGGCGCUUCUAUCGUAUUCGCGACGACAAGAACGAUGCAAACCACAUCUCCACUGUUGAAAAGGUCCUUGAAAGUAUCGAGGACCGCGUCACCGAGGAUGACCUCAUCCGCCUUGCUCCCAUCAUCAAGACAGCUUGGAAACAGCGCCAACACAAUAUGGCCGCUGGGGACGAGGAGAAGAAGCGGAGAGCCCAAGCCAUGCCACCGUCCGCGAAUCCGAACGGUGUCAAGCGGAAGUUCGAAGGGUGA